AUGCCAAGGUCCAGAGGAGAGAUCCAGAAAUAUUUCUGUGCCCUGUGUCCUCAGUAUAAGCCUGUGGCAUUCGCUGUGCGCUGCAACUUCUCUUACACUCCAGCAGACGAUGACAAUGUCCCUGUACCGGGACAGGCUGUCACCUUUGAUGCCAGGGACUUCCUACACAUCAAAGAGAAGUUUAACAAUGAUUGGUGGAUCGGACGGCCGGUGAAGGAGGAUGGUGUGGUGGGCUUCAUCCCCAGUCCAGUCAAUCUGGAAACCAUUCUGAUCAGAAGAGAAGUCCAGGCGAGGAAAGCUGCCAAGGCCUUAGCUAACAAAGCAGCAGCUCAAGCAGCUCAAGAUAUGAACUCAAAGAAAUACACUCCGCCAUCACAAGCUAAUCAGCAAGUGAAAAAGAAACCGGGGGAGCAUGUGGCUAUGUAUGAUGUAGUGCCUACAAUGCGUCCUGUGGUUUUAAUGGGACCAUCACUGAAGGGCUUAGAGGUUACAGAUAUGAUGCAAAAAGCACUAUUUGACUUUUUAAAACAUCGAUUUGAAGGCAGGAUUACUAUUACACGGGUCACAGCAGACAUCUCCCUGGCUAAACGAUCCAUCCUCAACAACCCUGGCAAAAAAGCCUUAAUUGACCGAUCCAACACCCGCUCCAAUUUAGAUGCUGCCGCCCAGAUCCAGGGGGAGGUGGAGCGUAUCUUUGAGCUUGCCCGCAGCCUGCAGCUGGUGGUUCUAGAUGCAGAUACAGUAAACCACCCUCUUCAGGUGUCUAAGACCUCCCUGGCUCCAAUCCUGGUCUAUGUUAAGAUCUCCUCACCAAAAGUGUUAACCAGACUGAUAAAGACUAGAGGGAAGUCUCAGACAAAGCAUCUUAAUGUUCAGCUGGUGGCAGCAGACAAACUUGCCCAGUGUCCACCAGAAAUGUUUGAUGUCAUCUUAGAUGAGAACCAGCUAACAGAUGCUUGUGAACACAUUGCUGAUUACCUGGAGUCUUACUGGAGAGCCACUCAUCCACCAGAGAUGGAGCCCACCAACGCACUGGUGGCCCAGCUGGCUGAGAAUACACUGCCCACUAGUCCUUCAGCAAUACCGGAUGAGCAGAAAAACAAGAAGUCAGCAGCCCCAAAGAGGAAGGGUUCAUGUGAGAACCACCUAGACCAGGAGCCUGCUUCAGCUCAGGCCCAGAAACAGAACACUGAGGAGGGCCAAAGAGAUGAGAAAGAGCACCUCCUGAAGACUGAACCAAAGAGACCCCAGCACACCCACCACCAUCACCACCGCCGCCGCCGGAUGGAGCACCACAGCCACACCCAGCACAGCCAAACAUCUGGUGGCAUGAAUGUACAGUCGAGCAAUGACUUCAGCCAGAGGCUUCUCCAUAGGCACCCGCCUGAGGACAGGGAGGAGGAGGUGGAAGAUGUGGUGGAGGAAGGCAAGGACUAUAACCACCGGGGCCAUAACCACCACCAUCAUAACAGCAACCAUCACCAUCACCAGCGCCAUCAACAUCACCGUGGGAACAGCCAGCAACAUGUCAGAGAAAACUAUGAACAGCAGCACAGUGAGCGCAAUCGGCAGCACAGGCAUCACCAGCAUAUUCCACCACGGACACACCACACGGGCCACUAUCCCAUACACAAUCAUCACAACUACCAUCAGUACCACGGCAGAGACAGGGACAGAGAUAGGAAUAGGGAUAAGGAC